CAAUCCAAGCCGAGACAAGGGGAUCGCGUGGAUGCAUGGAUUAGGGACUCGCGGGGACGGCGGUACCUAAACGCUAAUUUUAACAUGUGAAUGGUUGUGUGCAACUCUUCAGUUCGCAGUGUAAAAUGGUGCGGAAACUUCCGAAGCAAUAACAAUCACCGAUCCUAUUCCAUACUGGCAGAUGACUGAUUUUCAUUGCUGAGUGACUGGCAAAAAAGUACCUGUAAAACAAGCCAUUCUUACCUCUCAAAACUUUUUCUGGAGCUGUUUCCUGAGCUCUGAGUGCAUCGUUCUGGCAGGCUCAGGUAUAUGCAUCUUGGGUUGAGCCGGUUGAGCACACUCAGCAGUUGGAGUUGCAACAUUUACCAAAGGAAGAAGUGUUCAGCAAGUGCUUCAUCUGCUCAGCCCACUUCACGGAUGAAGACUUUCAAGACAGGAGUGUAUGACAAAAUUGACAGCAGUCCCUUCUCUGCGUAAGAGCCUACAUGUUCGAACAUAACGGUUAUGUCUGGAUGUUGUACCACCAAGAUGAUAGUUACAAGUGGGGUGCCCUUAGCCAGUGCUCCGGAGACUAGCAAUGUUGUCGAGGCACCUUGCCAAGUCGUAAAACAACCUACAUCGUCAACUUGUAUACAAACUGCACAUCUCAAAGAACCAGGCAACGUUGAUCCCUCAGCUACACCUCUGCAUUGCUUGCCAGGAAACAAAGCAUCUGGAAGUUCUUCGCAUGGCAGGCCACUUUCAGAACAUGUGAAAGGAAGAGUAGAAUGCUCUGCCAAAUGGUGCCGAAAUCGUGCGGCCAGUUCUGCCUGCUCCUUUUUCCGAUUCCCAAAGGAUGAGAGGAGAUUCAAAUGGCUUCACUAUGCCAACCGUCCUGAUCUCGAGGGUCUCCCCCCAGAAAAACUACACGAGAGGAGGUUGUGCUCCGCACAUUUCACGACCGACGCUUUCUCGAGCAGGCACAGGGUCUGGCUAAAGAAAACUGCUUGCCCUUCUGUCAUCGUGACUGACCCGGUGAUGAAAUAUCUCGUCCCAGAAGAAUUUUUCUGUCCAAAGGAAGGACCUUCUACCUGUACUACAGAAUCGACUGCAUCUUCUUCUCAGACGUCUCCGUGCAACCCAGUGGAAAAAAUGCCCUCAUCAGUUAUGCCAUCUCUAGAGGGGGAUGCUGUUCAUGAUAAGAGCCAGCUAGGAAAUGCUGGCAAUACAGAACCAGUAUCUUCAGAGCAGCCACCUUCCAAAAAAGCACAAGAGACAGCCACGACCAAGUCAUUUAUACCAAUAGCAAUGAAGAAACCGACAGUGGCUAUUCCUCCUAAUACAACCCUGAACAGUGAUGAGAACUUGCCAGUACCCAUCACUGCCCCUCCAGAGCCUGAACCUUUGCAGAAACUCAUGCCUCUAACUUCAAUGGAGCAGGUUCCAGUAGCUCCAGGGAUUGUCUACUACAGGCUCCGUGAGAGGGGGACAGCAUGCGACGCAGAAAUCGAUGUACACGAAGGUGCUGGUCCGUUAGAGACUGGAGAAAGGAGCAUGGACACCGAAGAUACACAAUAUUAUUAUGCAGAUUCACCUGGUUCACUCUACUCAUCUGUUGUUGAGACUUCAGCUGCCACGGUUGCAUUGCAAACAGAAGAAAGCAACAUGGAAAGAUCAAGCUUCAAUGUGCUGUUUUGUUGCUGCAACUCUGAGGGAGCAAAUACUCAGAUCUCCCAUAAACCAGUGGACACAAAGUUAUCCAAAUGGACUAUAUCAUAUAUCAAAUAUUCUUGACAAGCCCAGCUGUUUGACACUGCUCUAGCAAGCUCUAUAGCAUGUAUUGGUCUCCUGCUCACAUAUUGCCUUCGCCUUCUGCAUUCGUUUAUGGCAGACACAAGAGGUCACAACCUUCCCUAUCGCAAACUAGUCCAGCAAACCGUAGAGGUAAAAAUAAAUGAAGAAAUAAACGAUCCAAAAAAGAAUUGCAAAAAAAAGGCCACUGUUGUUCGCCAACA